CAUGUUUAGAAAAUGGAAAUCCGACAGUAAAUAGAUGCAAGGAUCCCCAUUCAUUUUAAAAACCAAUACAGAAAAUUCUUAACUUGUGUUGAAGAUGAUAAAUUCCACUCAAAAGGCAAUAUACUCGGAGUCUAUGUUGACAAGAAGGAUGUAACAUAUCAAGGAAUGAAUGUUGUGUUUAUGCUUGUCCAUUAACAAAGUCACCGGUACAUGCUAGUGGUGCAGUAUGGCCGCUAACACACACCUGUUCGGCGACAAGGAGACCAAUAAUUGGUUCAAAGCGUGCAUAGGACUCAAUGUUACGAAGGAAGGACUCAUUAACUUUCUUUGCACAGAAUUACAGAAAGUACACACCGUUGUUGGUAGAAGUUGUGGAAACUGCCCUAUCGAAAAUCUCAUACAAUGUCCAACAAAGCCAUAUUGUAACAAGAGCAAUCGGAAUAAUUGUCUUUUUCACAAAUCGCUGAAAACGCAGCCAUGCCCGAUAUGUGAUAAAGUAAAACAUAAUAUCAUAUUACAACACAGAUAUGGUGGACCUUCCUGGAAGAACACUCGUGCUGAAAAGUGGGCACUAAAUCAUUGGGAAAUAGGCAAAUGCUACCUACCUCCAGACGGAUAUAGCAGCAUUUCCUCGGUCCAGGAAUCGGACUUUAAUGGUGUGAUAAGCAUCAUGUUGAAUUGCCUACAUUUCCAAACAUGUCUCUCCCCUUUAUGUUUAUCACCUCCACCGCCUGAUAAGCAAUGUCCACUAGAAAAGGUCCGUCAGAUUGGCCGAGAUGUACGACACACAUCCGACUGCAAGGUUACAGAUGCUGACCUGCAGGACUAUUUUCAGACACUGUCCGCGCUCCUUGCUGACCCACAAUACUUGCAACAUGAUCCUUCAGCCAUGAAAGCAUGUACAAAACUUAGUGAUUUGCAGAAUGAUCGUAUGUCCUUUGAAGAACUGGGCAAGCUAUUGAAAGAAGCCAAUCAAACUCUCGAAGAUGCAAAAAGGGCAAGCGAAUGUUUUUCUGAGAAGGCAGAAAGGACCAUGGUAAAAGCUCUGCAGAAAUUGGGUAAAACUACUAUGUUUUGGGAGCAACGUCUUCAAAGCAAGACCAAACUUGGGGAACACCGCCUUGAAAGAAAGACACAGUUUGAUGAACAACGCCUUUACAGCAGGACAAAAUAUGGGGAAUACUGCCUCGAAAACAAGGCUUUCUUUGGGGAAAAACGCCUUCAAAGCAAAACACAGCAUGGAGUAGAACGAAUUGAAAGCAAGGCAAAGUAUGGCGAGCAACGCAUUGAAACAAUGAUAAACAAGGCGGAUCAAUGUCUUGAUAGCAAGGUACAUUAUGGAACACAACGCAUCGAAAUCAGUGUGCAACAUGGCAUUGAGCUCAUGCAACAGGCAGCAAAUAAAACUGCACAAGCAGACUACGAACGAGACGUAGCAGAUCUUCGCCGUCGUUUGGCGGACCAUUACCGUGACAAAGCGAGCAAUGUGCCCCUUUCAGUAUUGGACCAGAGUCUUGAUAAACGUAUAACAGAUAUAUAUGCAACGCCGAAAAUUCACCGAGUUGAAAUAACAAAAGAUGGAAAACGCGUUAAAAAGGAGCAAGUGCUGACCUACAAAGAACUCUUUAACCCAGACGAUACAAAGCCAAAUCGACGUUUAUACGUACAAGGCGAGCCCGGCAGCGGCAAGUCUACGUUUGCAGCUAAGUUAGUUCAUAAUUGGUGCGAUGGAAAUCGGCCUUCAACGGCAGCCCCAAACGAUAAUUCAUCGUUUGAUGACUUAUUAAUCAUUCAAAAUUUUCAGUUCAUGUUUUUCAUCGCGUUGAGAGAAUCGAGAGGUUCGACCGACGUAACGCAUAUGAUAAAGAAACAACUUAUUGACACAUUGUAUUCCGAGGAAAAACGUGAUGCAAUGUACAAACUUGUACUCCAAAUUAUAGAGACGGAAUUGUGCCUUGUAGUGCGAGACGGUCUAGAUGAAUGGGUGGCACCUGACGGUAGUAGCCUGGUUGAACCUUCGAUGGCGGGGUUUCCAAAUGACAAGUGCGUGGUUCUUACAACAUCUCGACCAUGGAAACUGGCUGAUGAACGAAUCAAGAACUCACAGAUCGACAUUCUCGUAGAGAUCGAAGGGAUUAAUGAUCCAGAUACAUUUUGUGAAAGGGUACUGCGCUGCAUACUUGACGAGAGUGAAGAUAUUAAGACAACGGCUUGGAAAAUUAGUUGCUUCAUAUCAGAUCGUAAACUGACCUCAUUAUCAUAUUCACCGAUGUUGUACACGCUUGUAAUUUGCACGUGGACAGACACUAUGGAGGAAGAGAAACAUUUGAACGGAUUUUCAUUGUGUGCAUUGUAUACUACUUUGCUUGAAAGCCUUUGUAAGAAAGCUAACGAUAUAACUGGCUUUUUUAACGAUUUAAAUCCGCCUCAGGUGAAAUGCUUUUCAAGCUCAAGUUACCUGCGGCCGAUCAUUCAAAAAGUAGAUGUCAUUUCAAAAGCUGCUUUCAAUCUUUUGUUUUCUCCUGAAAAGGAAAAGUCUAUUGUAUUUACAAAUCAUGAAUUGUCAAACUAUCUUACACAAUCUGAACAAGAAUUUGCUCUCAAAGCAGGACUGAUAUCGAAACGGAAAACUAAAAAAGCUUUUAAUUCGUCUUUCUCAUUUCUCCACAAAAGCAUUCAGGAAUUCCUGGCUGCUUAUCAUAUUGCCCGCAAUGCACAUUUGAUUGAUGACGUCAUUUCCGGAUAUCUGGGACGUCAAUCGGAUGCAUAUGUCGACAUAUCCCAGGUGUUCAUAUUCCUAUGUGGACUGAACGUAUCGGCUGCCAAUAAGCUAUCUGGCAUUAUAGAUGAACAUUAUGUUAGUGAUGGUACAUUCCAUUCAUUUGAUUACCGUACUUUUGAAGGAAUCAAAAAUUGCAUGUUACUAUAUAAGGCGGGAUACAGAGAAGCUGUUUCAAAUGACCAAACUGGCAUUCUCUUCAAAAUCGAUCGAUUGGAAAUCGAUGAGAAAAGCUUAAGGCCAUCAUUUUUAUAUGUUGUGUUUAUCAGGAAAUGUUUAAGAAGAAUUAAGUGGCAGAGGAUAAAUAAAAUUAAAAUUAGAGCAUGGGAGGAGAAGUUAAUUUACGAAUCAAUAUUUAUAUUUGUGUUGUCAGAAUAUCUUGCAUAUUGGUGAUUUUUUGUGUAAAUUAGUGUAAAUAAGUACUGAAAAUAUGUGCCUUUACAUUAACUACAACAUUUAUUGCCAAUAAUGCAAAGCUAACUCUUUUUAUUAAUAACUGAUCACAGGGACUGGGCAAUAAUAAAAGAUCACAGGGACUGGGCAAAUACGCGAACCGGUGAAACUUUCUGGUUUUGUAUAAAAAACAAAACAUAAUCAAAAUAUAUUUAUUUUGUGUUUUUUCUAACAAUAGCACAUACUUUUGUACGUAGUGGAGUGGUUACACGCUCGCUGCACAUGUGAGAGGCCCGAGGUUAGAGCCCCAGUAGAAUCAAUUAUUCUAUUUGUGUUCUAUGUUAACUUUUUGUUUUGAUGUAGACAUUUUAGUUUAAAGAAAUAUGCUGUUUUGUUGAAACCAUUUUUUGUUUUUAUU